AUGGUCUCUUUUAUAGCUCUGUUGAGUUUGAUUUUGAACAUCUUUGCUAAUGUGUGCCUUGGAGGGAUCACAAGUAGUUUCGUGAGGAAAUUCGAUGAGAGCGAGGAUAUGCCUCUCGACAGCGAUGUCUUUCGUGCGCCUCCUGGCUAUAAUGCGCCGCAACAGGUUCACAUAAUGCAAGGAGACCAUGUCGGAAAAGCCGUGAUUGUGUCCUGGGUGACAAUGUCCGAACCGGGGUCGAACACUGUCUUAUAUUGGCCCGAGCCGGACCCCAAGCACAAGUUUAAGGCUGAGGGUACCCUCACCAAGUACAAAUUCUACAACUACACAUCUGGCUACAUCCAUCACUGCACAAUAUAUAACUUGCAGUUUGAUACAAAGUACUACUACCAGGUGGGUCUCGGCUAUGGUCAAGCAACCAGGAUUUUCUGGUUCAUAACUCCCCCAGAAGUUGGUCCUGAUGUUCCAUAUACAUUUGGUCUCAUAGGGGAUUUGGGUCAGACUUAUGACUCAAACUCGACACUAACACAUUUCGAGUCGAAUCCAAUCAAAGGGGAAACGGUUUUGUUCGUGGGCGACCUUUCGUAUGCAGAUAAGUAUCCGAAUCACGACAACAAUAGAUGGGAUACUUGGGGAAGAUUUGUCGAGAGAAAUAAUGCGUAUCAGCCUUGGAUUUGGACUGCUGGCAAUCACGAUAUCGAUUUUGCCCCUGAAAUCGGUGAGCCGGAACCAUUCAAGCCUUACACUACCCGAUAUCCCGUUCCAUAUAAAGCAUCAAACAGCACUUCACCCCUUUGGUACUCAAUCAAGAGGGCUUCGGCACAUAUCAUUAUUUUAUCGUCAUACUCGGCUUUUGGCAAGUACACUCCACAGUACUUAUGGUUAGGAGCCGAGUUUAGAAAAGUGAAUCGAGAAGAAACACCGUGGCUGAUUGUUCUCGUCCACUCGCCAUUUUAUAACAGCUACAAAUAUCAUUACAUGGAAGGUGAGACCAUGAGAGUGCUGUUCGAACCUUGGUUCGUCAAGUACAAAGUCGACAUAGUCUUUGCUGGCCAUGUCCAUGCGUACGAACGAUCUGAGCGCAUAUCAAAUUCUGCAUACAACAUCGUAAACGGAGAGUGCACUCCAGUGAAUGACCAAUCUGCCCCUGUGUACAUAACCAUCGGCGAUGCCGGUGUAAUCUCUCCGCGAGAAGAAGAUUUGAAAUAUCAGAACGGAGAGAAUAAGAAAGAGGAUUUGAGUUCGGAUCCAGAGUUGUUCAGUUGUCUGCUUCAGCCUUCGCCUCGCGAUUCCGAUCCCAAUUACAUCGGAAUCCGCCGCCUCCUCCUGUACCGCAAGGCGGAGGCCGGCGUUCUCCGCCGUAAGGACUGGAGAUGUAAUGGAAGAGGUUAUGUGGCCUACCGAAAUUACAUUAAUAGACCAAAAAAUGGAGACAGUUUACAGACACCAAGCGCCCCGAGUACUCCAGGAAACAGUGGACGAUGGGUGUCAACUUCAAGUCCACUAUCACCAUUCUUUGACGCAGACAGCUGGAGUACUAGCAGGGAUGUCCGAAGUUUAGGCCAAGCAAUGAGCCAUAGGACGAGUUUCAGUUCUAGCACAAGUGAUAUUGAGUUCCCUCGUAAAAAGGGUGAACCUGCAUAUUCCUUCGUAGGGAUGCACUGCAUUUUCGACCAAUGCAAGGCCAUGGUUACGGUCAUAAAAUUUGGCCAUAUGAGUUCAGAUCUUCUCGCUUAUGGAGCAGCUGAUGGAAGCUUGACUGUGUGCACCGUCUCCAUGCCGCCGUCAAUUUUAAAGCAGUUAACAGGACACACAAAAGAUGUCACAGAUUUCGACUUCUCAGCGAACAAUCAGUAUAUUGCUUCUGCCUCGAUUGAUAAGACGGUACGAGUAUGGGAUAUCUCGAAAGGAAUAUGCAUGAGAGUGAUUUAUGGAGUCUCGUCACAGCUUUGUAUUCGCUUUCAUCCUGUGAAUAACAAUUUUCUUUCCGUUGGCAACGCUAAUAAAGAGAUAAUGGUGUUCAAUUUCAGUACCGGUCGGACAAUCAAUAAAUCUGUAUUCGACAGUGAGAUUACAGCCAUGGACCAUGACCACACGGGCCAGCUCAUCUUCUGUGGUGAUGCUCAGGGAUGCGUAUACACAGUUACAAUGAACUCGCACACUGGUGCCUUAUCUCGUUCUCACCGGCAUAGAAGCAAAGCCAAGAACAAAUCGCCAGUCACCACCGUACAGUACAGAACCUUCUCUUUGCUGGCACGGGGCCCCGUGUUGUUGACUUUAUGUCGGGAUGGAAGCUUGUCUUUCUUCAGUGUUUCGUUGGAGGUGCAAGGCUAUUUGACCCUUCGUUGUGCACUUAAAUUGGCACCACGAUUACACAGCAUUCGUGCCUCUUUCUGCCCUUUGCUUUCCCUUGAGAAGGGAGAAUUUAUAGUUGCUGGGAGUGAGGAUGCAAGUGUCUACUUCUAUGACUUAACACGGCCGAGGCAUACAUGUGUGAACAAAUUGCAGGGUCAUAGCUACCCGGUGAUAGGCAUUACUUGGAAUUAUGGAGAGAAUUUGUUGGCUUCAUCAGAUUUUGGUGGCACUGUCAUUGUAUGGAAGAGAGCAAAGACGAAUUAG